AUGCUGCCGAGUUGCGAUGAAGAAGCAUGUGAAAACGAAGGAAUUUCUGUUAAGCCGCCACAUGAACCAUACGAAGCCCUUCGCACACGCAUUUACCGCGCUAUCGCCGCUGCCGGAGGGGCAGCUGCUACAGGUUCAGUAAUUGAUAGACGGGGAGGGCGGGAUAUUUGCUUAUGCGAUGGCAAUACAACGCAACGACGGGAAGAUGGAGAGAUGGAGUACGGAGUGACGGAGCUCGAUUCCCACCGAGUCCAGGACCUGGCAAAGGAAGACACCUCCACCCGACCGUGGGACAUCGAAAAGCAGGAAAUGACAACCGCGACCGCUCGAACGGCCCCACGCACACGCCAUGAAUAG